AUGGCGGAGAAUGACGGUGAAACCGUUGUGUUGAUACUGCCUUCCGACAGGACAGUCGUGGAACCUCUGGGCGUUGAUCGUCAGAUCUCGCAGCGAGAAGAAGAAGGUCGAAAAGCAUGUGAAUGCAUGUUGAUUACGCUUUCAAUUUUGCUGAUCAUCCUUUCAUUUGGAGGUCCGAUUUAUCUCGUAUACCAACAACUAUACUCUUACUCAUUAGAAAAAUCGGAUGAAUAUUCUCAUAUGCUGAAGACCACAGAUUAUGGGAUUGAGUUUUACGUGUAUUCGUUGAAUAUGUUUAACCACAAUUAUCCUUUGGGCACUUUUGCAAGAGACGCUAUCGAGAAUAAAAUCACUGGCGAGUAUAAACAUUCGAUUCAGAAACAUUGUGGUGAUGAGCUCAAGCAUCGUAUACGAUUCCCGGACUUUCCAACUCCAUUCUGUGACGAACUUGAUAGAAUGAGCAAGUACAGUACCUGA